AUGGGAGACCCACCGCGCCAACUUCUGCUUGGCUGCAUGUGUAUCCUGGCCUCGUGGCACCUUUGCCUCUCGUCUGGCGGAUCUUGGAGCCUCCAGGAGGAUGUCCGGGAUACGUUGGAGCAGUUCGGCUCGCACGUUUGCACCAAUGUCGUUCUGGGAGGGUACUGGAAGGUCAAAGCCAAGUACAACAGCGACUCGACUACCUCUGUUAACCAGGUUUCGGCGAUGGCGAGCGAGGCCAUCGAGACCGCUGCCAGCUCCAGUUUGAAAGGCGAGGCCAAAGUGGGCUGGGGGGGACCCGGCGGCUGGACAGGAUUGCUUUGGAAAGCUCUCGGCGGGCCCACGAGCGAGGUCAAAGUCUCCGGCGAGCGCAGUAAAGACAAGGGGGAAUUGGUGUCAAAGGGCAAUGGUAGCAGCAGCGAGAAUGGUCUUUCGGAGCAGAACUCAGUGAUGGACGUCACGCAGGACAGCGAGAACUGGAAGGUUAUCGACCGCCACGUUGAUGAGUGCUUUGGCACGUGGGAAUGGAUUGAUGAGAGCUAUCACGAGGAUCUGGCCCAAGCGAUGAAGACUGCCUGGGCCGACAAGUUCGUAGACAGCCUCGACUGGGGCAUGAAGGAGUCCAGCAAGGAGAGCAUCAAGAAGGCUCUGUCCAGUCACUACGAUGGCAGCCUUUUCGUUCACCUGCAGCAUGCGUGUCACAAGCUGAACGGAGUCUUGAGCAAGAGAAACCGGCACUGCGUGACCUUUGAAGCAAAGACACUUCCAUCGAUGCAGUACCGGGCCGUCCUCAAGGGAGUGGAAGAGCUGAUACUCAAUUCCUUUGCUUUCGCCCGCUGCAAGCAGUCGGAGGAAGGCUUCUCGGGCGCCCUUUCUUUGGGCUUCGUCCAAGGCCUCGGCAAGAUGACAGAAGAUUUUACCGGCGACCACAAGGCGAGCUACAGCGGGCUGACAUGGGCCCGGACGCACGCACAAAUGAAUUUUAUUACCAUGAUCUGUCUUCGUGGUACCGCGAUGAAACAUUUUCCGAAGGAGCAAGUUGACAUAUCCGCCACAAACCUCACCGAAGCCUUCGAAGUCAUUGCCCAGGCACAAAAGGCUUGUCGCAACCGGCAUCUUGCUGCUGGCAUCGCUUUGGGCGAUCUCGGCCUCUUGUGCUUCGAGCCAGAGGUGGUUCAUUCCGAAUACAAGAUGAUCGUGAGCCGCAAUCUGAAUAAAAUAGAACUUACCGAGCUCAACGUGGAAGCAUCGCAGUGGUGUCAGAAGAGAUCAUGGGAUACCGGCUUUCCGACAGAGUUCCACCAUAACGGAAACGGUUACUGGGACGAAGAAGGGGGAUCGGCCGUGCUGAACAUGGUUUGCCUCGGGCUGAAAAAGCCCAAGCUGGCGCCAAUGCAUCACCACCCUCAUCAAAGGUUCCGCGUGACAACGACGACCUCGACAUCCACAACAACCUCGACGUCCACGACAACAACCAGCACCACAACAACAACAACCACGACGACGACGACAACGACAACCACGACCACAACAACAACGACCACGACCACGACCACGACCACGACCACGACCACGACCACGACCACGACCACGACCACGACCACGACCACGACCACGACCACGACUACGACUACGACUACGACUACGACUACGACCACGACAACAACCACACGGCAGCCGUGGAGGAGGUAA